GAAGUGCCUGUGGGGGAAGCCGCUGGUGGUCUCUCAGCCAUGGACGGGGGCAGCGGCCCCGGCCCGGAGCCGGUAACGGCGGCGGGCCCCAGCCCGGCCCCGGAGCUGGCCCCGGAGGCGGACCCGGACGUGGAGCCGCUGCCGCGGGGCAGGUUCCGCUGCCGCCUGUGCCAGGUGGCGGCGGCCAACCGGCCGAGCCUGGCCGAGCACCUCCGGGGGAAGAAGCACCAGCGGCUGCGGAGCCUCCGGGCUGAGCGGCGGGCGCAGGAGCAGCGGAGCCUCUUCGUCAGCGGCUUUGCCCGGGGCACGGCAGCUGAGGAGCUUGCCGCCUACUUCGGGGCCUUCGGGGAAGUGGUGGCCGUGGUGAUGGACAAGGAGAAGGGCGCCUACGCCAUAGUGGAGCUGCAGGAGGCGGCGAGCCGGGAGCAGGCUUUGGCGCAGCCCCAGCACACCUUGGCCGGUCGGAGCCUCCGUGUCCGGCCCCGGGAGCAAAAAGAUUUCACCCGCCCUUCCUUGGGAUGCGGCGCCCGCCGGGAGCCCCUCAGUCCCGGGCAGCUGGAGCAGGCAUUGUGCCAGGCCGCCGAUGUGGACACCCAGAUGGAGCAGCUGGUGGGGCUGCUGGAGCUGAGUGAGGGCGAGCGUCGCCUGCGGCACCUCCUGGUCACACUCUUCCAGGAGGUUUUCUCCGAGUUCUUCCCCGGCUGCACCGUGUUGCCCUUCGGCUCCUCUGUCAAUGGUUUUGACGCCCACGGCUGCGACCUGGACCUGCUCCUCGACUUGGAGCCCACCAAAUCCCUGCAGACGUCAGCGCGGGGAGCCCCCGGGGCCAGAUCCUCCGGUGAUCCCGGGGCAGAGGAAUCCAUCCUGAGCGACAUCGAUCUGGCAUCGGCCUCACCGCCAGAGGUGCUGGAGCUGGUGGUGGCUGUGCUGCGCCGCUGCGUGCCGGGCGUGCGCCGCGUCCGGGCCGUGCCCACUGCCCGCCGCCCCGUGGUUAAGUUCAGCCACAAGCAGUCGGGUUUGGCAGGUGACAUCUCCAUCGACAACAGGCUGGCGCUGCACAACACGCAGUUCCUGCGGCUCUGCGGCGAGGCGGACAAGCGCGUGCGGCCGCUGGUCUACGCAGUGCGGCUGUGGGCCAAGCAGCAGGGCCUGGCGGGAAACCCCGCUGGGGGCGGCCCCCUCCUCACCAACUACGCGCUGACUCUGCUGGUGCUGUUCUUCCUGCAGACGCGCAGCCCCCCUGUGCUGCCCACGGUCGCUCGGCUGCGUGAGCUGGCAGGGGAUGAGGACCGCAUGGUGGUGGCUGGCUGGGACUGCAGCUUCCCCCAGGAUGCGGCGCUGCUGGAGCCCAGCGCCAACAGCGAGAGCCCCAGCUCGCUGCUGGCCGAAUUCUUCCGCGUCUUCGGUGACUUUGACUUCUCGGAGCAACUGGUGUCGCUGCGGGAGGGCCGGGUGCUGCCGCUGCCAGAGGCUGGCGAGCCCUUCAAGCUGGGGUCCCUCAACCUGCAGGACCCUUUUGAGCUGAGCCACAACGUGGCAGCCAACGUCAACGAGAAGACGGCGUCGCGCUUGGGGCGCUGCUGCCGCGAUGCCGCCAAGUACUGCCGCAGCCUGCAGUACUGCCGCAAAUCCACCAAGGGCCGGGGCUGGGGCCUGGUGCGGCUCUUCAAGCCGGGCGCCGUGGAGCCGGGGGCGGGUGCUGGUUCCUUCCUCAUCUCCAUCACCGUGGCUGCCGCCCAGCCCCCCAGCCAGCUCUGCGAGGAGCCUGGCGGCCACGGGUUCAAGGAGAUAUGCGCCGCCAUCGCCUUCGUGCUGCGCGACGUCCUCCAGUGCAGCUGCGUGCCGGGGAAGCCGCUGAAGCAGGUGGGAGCCUCUGGAGCGGAGCACAGCCUCCCCCAGGACACCGUGCUGGGUGAUGAGCCACUGGGCGAUGCUGCGGGACUGGAGGAGGAACCUCUGCAGCCACCAGUGGGCUCCAAGCGGCCCCAGUCUGACAGGAUGGACGGCACUGCACUGCCUGGCGCCAAGAGGCCACGGGUGAAUGGCCCCGAGGAGGAGGUGGUGGCGAGCUGGAGCUGUGCCGUCUGGCACCGCGUGUGGAUGGGUCGCCGCCGCCUGCGCCGGCAGCUGCUGCAUGGGGCCAGCCCUGAGGAGCCCGACGGCGUCUCGCUGGAGCUGGAGCAGAAAGUGUCGGAGGCCAUUGUGCAGCAUGAGGGAGCCGCACGACCCCCGGAGCCGCUGCUCCGCUUCGAGGCCAGCGCCCAGCUGGCGGGAGGGACACAGCGGGAGCUGCGGGUGCUGCUUCGACUGGCCCCGACCCCAGCCCCGGGGCCACUCUUCAGGGACUUCUUUCAUUUCCUGCAGGCCUUCCUCCCCCUAGCCGUGCAGCAGCACCUGGGCUGGGGGCCAGGCGCAGCCCCCCAGAGUUGAGGGGGCAGGGAGGGAGAUUUGUAUUGUUUUUUAACGCUUUGUACAAUAAAAGCCCACUUUGGAGCAGU